CAUUGUGACAGGGAUGGUUCAGAGCAUUAACCGCAAUUCUUGCAAUGUUAGAUAAAAGGGUUUCCCUCUUACCUGGCAUUUUUCCUGGCUUCCGUAGUCGCUUCCAGGGAAGAUGUUUGUUUCUUGGAAGGGCUAGACUUCGCAGGCUGACUGCACACUUGACCUCAUCAUCUUGUGGAUUGAUAUUCUCUUAAUAUUGUCUUGUUUCUACAAGCUACGGUGGUGUUUACAACGAUGGAAACCGCCCACGACGAAACUCCGUUGCUUAAUCGUCAGCCAGCUGCGCUGGGUAUCAUCAUUGUAUUCCUGAUUCUCGCGUACUUGUGUGGUCUAGCCCGCUUAUACAUCCGGUUUUGCGUGGUCCAUCGGCCUGGCUGGGACGAUGGUUUCCUCAUAAUAGUGUUGAUGACAACCACCUUGCUGUCUAUAGCAACGUGCAUAGCUCUUUCCAAUGGUUUGGGUAAGCAUUUCGCGGGCCUUGGCCUGAUUGGUAUGGAAGCAUUCAUAAAGAUAUUCUACAUCUGCAACGCGGCGUAUUGUAUGGCCACAACUUUUAUCAAACUCGCCUUGCUCUCUCAGUAUCUUACAAUGUUUGAGUUCGGGUCACUGUCAUUUAGACUGACCAUGAUCGUUGCCGUCGUCACGGCGAUGUGGGGUCUGGCGUACUCUACCAUCGCCUGGUUUCCAUGCGACCCCGUCUCGUCUCAAUGGGAACUCACGCAACCGGCCACAGCACGCUGGGGGUUCGGCUCUUCAGAUCUUGGAAUCUACAGGAGGACGUACGUUAGCCAUGUUGCAACGAACAUGGUGCUCGACGUGCUGGUGUGCGGUCUACCGCUUCAUUGGGCCUGGCAACACGCGGCUCAAAAGAGGUCUAUUUACGGCGUCGUUUUUCUUUUUGUUCUCGGAGACAUUGUCGUUGCCAUUGGCGUCAGUCGUCUCGUCUCCAUCGUCAACACAGCCGCAGGCACAUAUCCCACGCUCGAUCCGUCUUGGUAUGGCUGUGUGCCUGCCGUACUUGCAACAGUCGAAGUGAAUUUGGCAACAGUCUGCGCGUCUAUACCGAUUGUUUGGCCAGUCACGCAGAGAGCCUUGAGUAAGAUCUGGGUCACAAGAGAGUUUGAGGUUAUUUCAGAACCUCGGGACUUCCGUCUGAAGUCGACCGCGUCAUCUUACGACGGCGACUUUUCGGAUAGAAUGCCAAUCUCGUCAAUCAGCGGUGGGCCGACACGUUCGACGACAGUCCAAGCGACGUCAAGUGGUUGACGAGAAGGGUCAAGUGUGGAAAAUAUUAGUUGGAUAGUGAUACCCAAGGUCUAAAAUUCAAGCAUUGGAGAAGUGGUAUGUUCAGGUGUUUAGAGCAGACGGAAGCCGAUGGGC